GCGGGUUUGGAAUACCGUUGUUUGCAUUUGAAAUUAUUGUGCGAAAAAUGAGCACUGACGCUGCAGAGAAAGUCAAAGAAGGUGUCAAGGCCUACUAUGGUAAAAAACUUAAGACUUCGGAUGAUCUUCAGACGAACGCGUGCAAGCUUGGUGAUAAACAGAUGACUCCCGCCGUGAAGAGCGCAUUGAAGCUUAUUCAUGAUGAAGUAGCUAGCAAGUUUUAUGGAUGUGGUUUAGUGGCCCCAGAAGCCCUUGAUGGCAUGAAAAUCUUGGAUCUUGGAAGUGGAUCAGGUCAAGAUUGCUUUGUACUCAGUAAACUGGUUGGUGAACAUGGCCAUGUUACUGGAGUGGACAUGACCAAAGAACAGGUGGAUGUUGCCAACAAGUACAUCAAAUAUCAUGCUGAUCAAUUUGGAUAUUCUAAACCAAACACUGAUUUUAAACUUGGUGAGAUGGAGCACCUAUCUGAUGUAGGAAUACAGGACAGCUCUCUGGAUAUUAUUAUUUCAAACUGUGUUGUAAACUUAACAGCAGACAAGAGUGUUGUUCUCAAAGAAGCUUACAGAGUUCUUAAGGAUGGAGGGGAGGUUUACUUCAGUGAUGUUUACACUGAUACAAAACUAUCUGAGGAAGCCAGAAAAGACGAAGUACUUUGGGGUGAAUGUGUUUCAGGGGCGUUACACUGGAAAGAGCUGGUCGAACUGAACAAAGAAGUAGGAUUCUCUGGGCCACAUUUGGUAACUGCGAGACCUUUUGUGGUUGAAGAACACCUCAGAAAACCACUAGGUGAUGCUCAGUUUGUCUCAGCCACCUAUCGUUUGUUCAAAGUUCCUGAAAGCUGUAAGACAGAAGCAUCCAGAGUGACAUACAAAGGCACUAUUGAGGAAAGCCCAGAAGAGUUCAAGUUUAAUGUUCACAACAUAUUGACGAAAACACCUAAGGAUGUUUCCUCUGAUGUGGCAAGUGUCCUUAGUGCCUCACGUUUUUCGAAGCAUUUCGAAUUCCAACCGCUAGAGCCUGGAACCACAGCUCCCAUUGAUGACGUGUACAUCGAAGCGGAUCCGUUUGCGUAUUGUGCGUCAAACAAAGUGGCGCCAGGAGCAUGUUGCCCCAAACCUGCCAAACCUGUUGAGCAGGAAAACGGCUGUUGCCCGAAACGUGCGAAAACCGGUAAUGAGACUCGCUGCUGUUAAACGUGGUUUUCAGUAUUCGAGGAAAACUGGAGACGGGGUUCUAAAUAUCUUGGGGACAAUAAUUAAAAUGAAAUGCCAUUAUACUCUUUCUUUAUAAUAACUGUGACAACCGAAGUCGUAAUAAACGUAACCAUUAAAGUUAUAAUUUAUUUGGGUUUA